AGGUGCUGAAAAACACAAACCCAGGCUUCAUUCCAAAAAUUUUAUAGCAAUCAUUGAACAGAUGGUGGUUGAACAUCAUCUACCGGUUUAACUGUUGACUCCGAUGACAUCCCUUGGAGAAGGACUGUGAGCUUCAGUCUUUCCGCGGCUGAAGGAAAAGGGUGGGAGAGUGAGGCUGAGCUGCCAUGGAUCUCCUGGGGACCACCACCAUCUUCUUGGUGGUCUGCUUGGUCCUCCUUGUAGUCUGGAGGAAAGUGGAGUCCAAAAGGAAGAACCUGCCCCCGGGUCCAACGCCUCUCCCCUUCGUUGGGAACCUCCUGCAGCUGAAGGCCAGCAAUGUGGCAGAACGGCUAAAGAAGAUGAGUGAACAAUACGGACCGGUGUUUACGGUGUAUUUUGGCUCAGACCGGGUGGUGGUCCUCUAUGGCUACGAUGUGGUGAAGAAGAUUCUGGUGGACAGCGGAGAUGAAUUCCUCGACCGAGGAAGCUUCCCAUCAGCAGAUAAGACCAACAGAGGACUAGGUAUUCUCAUGGCGAACGGCGAGCGCUGGCUCCAGAUCCGGCGCUUCUCCCUCACGACUUUGAGGAACUUUGGGAUGGGGAAGAAGAGUAUUGAGGAACGGAUCCAAGAGGAGGCAGAGUUCCUCAUGAAAGAGCUCAGAGCCACAAAGGGCCAGCCCUUCAACCCGGCCAUGCUUCUCAGCUGCGCCACCGCCAACAUAGUCAGCCACAUUCUCCUGGGAGAACGGUUCGACUACCAGGACCAGGAGUACCUCAGGAUUGUCCGCUUGCUCAUUGAGAGCUUGAGGCUGGAGAGCUCCAUCGCAGGACAGCUCUACAACAUCUUCCCCCGCAUCAUGGACCACUUGCCCGGUCCUCACCAGACCUUCUUCACAAACCUUGAGGAUGUCCAGGCCUUUGUCGCCCAGAAGAUAAUAAAUCACGAGAAGACCUUGGAUCCCAGUAGUGGCCCAAGGGACUUCAUAGAUUCCUUCCUCUUCAAAAUGGAGCAGGAGAAGAACAACCCCAAGACAGAAUUCACAAGAGACAAUCUGAUGAUGACUGUUUAUGACAUCUUCUUUGCCGGGACAGAGACCACCAGCACCAGCCUGAGAUACACCCUCAUGAUCCUGCUUGAACACCCGGACGUGGAAGCAAAGAUCCACGAGGAAAUCGACCGAGUGAUCGGAAGGGAACGGCCGCCGGCCAUGAAGGAUCGCCUCCAGAUGCCCUACACAGAAGCCGCCCUCCAUGAAGCCCAGAGGUUCCUCUCCCUCAUCCCCUUAGGAUUCACCCGCAUUGUGAAGAAGGACAUGGAGCUGGAAGGAUUCAACAUCCCAAAGGUACCCAAGUCCCUGGCCCAGAUGACGCUCCUGCUCUUGGAGCUGGUGUUGGAGUCUCCCAAGCUUUUGUUCCUGGGGGACCUCAACAUCCCCUUCGAGUCCAGCUUAUCAAAUCUGACAGAUGCAGCUUGGGAGUUCAUGGACUCCAUGACCACCAUGGCCUGUCCCAACUGGUCUCAGGUUGGCAAAGAUUAG